CGCCCCCUCCCCUGGGUCCGCUUCCUUCUGUGUUCCCUUCCCACGAUUUCCAAAACCGAGUCAUUUCCUAGCACGCAGGAUCGUCCUCAAGCUUGCGACACAAAGGAAAAGCUUGUUGAAUGCAACAAUCAAGAUUCGCUGAUCCUUGGAACCAGGAGGCCUUUACCUGCUUUGAAGUCACUGAACACUUAAAUUAAUCUUUGUUUUGGAUAUCAAACCAGUGUCAGAGAGGCUGAAGGCUGUUGCAAGUUAACACAGUUGUGGAAACAUCUUUGUUUAUCUUUAAGAAGGAAGACAAGAUCUGAGGACGUCUUGGUGCAGAAAGUUUUCCUCACCAGGCUGAGAAGCUCGGAAUGGGGAUUUCUGGUAGAAAGCAUCACUGAAAUUCUUAAUGAAAGAAAAAACAUUUGGAGAUCACAAUUUGCAGCGACUUUGCUGCUGAAAGACUGGAUGUCUGGUUUAUUAUCAGUUGCCUUCAUCCUGGAGAUAAACCCAAAAAGAUAAUUUGACUACAAGUCAGUGGAUGUGAGCGAGAGGAAAGAACUACUUGAAGGUAGUAGAGUAUGACGGCUAAGGGUGAACCUGUCUUUUCUCAGCAAGCAGAGCCCUACUUUAUGGCUGAAGUUAGUCCGGCUAAACAGAUUCCUGAUGGAAAAGUUAACCUCAAUGAUACUAAUUCCUUGUGUGAAAGUAAUUCAGAUGUUGAGGUUGUUGAAGACUCUGAAGUUAACUCUGACAGGCAAACUGACUACAACUGUCAUUCAUGUGACUAUGGAACAAAGGAUUUUAAGUGCUUCAGUGACCAUCAACACAGUGCUCAUCUAGUAGAUAAUGUCAAGAGAACAGAUAGCAAUUUGGAGUUGGACAGUAAACGGUUUGUCAGUGAAGAGCAUGUUCAGAAUGGUGAGCCAGGUAUGCAGCACGUUAAGGCUGGACCUGAGAAAUCUGUAAAAGAAUUAAGCAGUAGUUCAUGCAACAAGGGAAUGUUUCAAAGCCAGAUUUCCUCCAAGGCAGAUUCACAAAAAGAAGGCACUUCCAAAUCUGGGGCAAACUUCAGUACCAACCAUAAUUCUGUGGUCUGUCUCCCCUUGGUUUCAGAAGGGCUGAAACUAGUAUGGACUCAGUCCGACCAAACCAGUGAGUUAGACAGCAAUGAGUAUCUUAUGGAAGCCUUUAACAAAUUCCCUUAUCCAUCAGCUUCAGAAAUUUCACUCUUGUGUUUGAGAGCCAAGCUACCACUUGACAAAGUUAAAGUCUGGUUUAUGGUGCAGCGCAUAAAAUAUGGAAUCAGUUGGUCCUCUGAGGAGAUUGAAGAAACACGUCUUAAACUCCGCCAGAAAAUGGACUCUGCAGAACAGCAAGAAGAGCUAAAUGGCACUGGAACUACCCCAGAGGAAUCGGCUUUGAAUAAGAUGAGUUACAUAAAAUCUGAAAGUGACCCUGAGGAAUUUGCAGAAGUCCCAAUUAAGAGGCCAAGGAAUCAGGGAAGAAAAAGAAUGGAGGGUCAAUUUGAAGCAGAUGCAGAGGAUAUAAUGGUAGAUAUGCCUUGCAGCAGCAGUAAUUCUGGUGUAUUUAAUCUGCCUCCAGGCCGGUACAAAAAGUCCAAAGCUCAACUGGCCACUCUCCGAUCUAGUUUUAGCAGACAACACUUUCCUAAUGAAGCAGAGCUGCGCCGUCUUCAACAACAGACAGGAUUGUCACGCAAUGAUAUUCGUAAAUGGUUUAGUGACAGUCGGUACCAAAUGAGAAACUCUGGUAGACUAUUUGGUGGUGGUAAUACAGGAGGAUCAAGUGGUGCAGGCAGCAGCGGGUGGCACAACAGUUCUUUCUUUGAAUCCUUUUUAAGCCGCAGUCUGGAAGCAAGUGGUUACACAGCAACUUCACUAAACAGCAGUGAAGGGCCUUCAGAAUUCUCAGAGGUCCAUGAAGAAAGCAUUGAGAACAGUGAUGUUGUGCUUUUAGAUGAUGAAGAUGAAGAGGGGAAUGAAGAAAAGAUGCUACAUAAGGAAGAGGAUUUAGAGCUUCAAUCAGAUGAAACGGAACCAAUGCUUUUUAUCAAUUCUAAAGGGGAGGCAGAAUAUGACAAGCCACAUCAUACUACAUCCACCUUGAGAAAAGGUAAAAAGAACUCCUCCACACCCCCUCUUGCUUUAUCUAAAAACUCGCAUGAACUUCCAGGUACCCAAGGGAAUCAAUCUGUUCUUACCCCCAGUGGCCGUCCCAGGAAGACUAAGGAACAACUUAAUAUUCUCAAGUCAUUUUUCUUGCAAUGUCAAUGGCCAAAGAGUGCAGACUAUACUCGGUUGGUACAGCAGACAGGGCUGCCAAGGCCCGAUGUAAUCCAGUGGUUUGGCGAUACACGCUAUGCAGUAAAGAAUGGCCAGCUACGUUGGGUGAGAGGAUCAGGAGUUGGAACUGACAUUGCAACGGAGAUAAAGCAACAACAGAACCAACAUUCACCAUAUCUAGCACGUUCACGACGCAGAGAUAACAGCUCAGGAUCUGGCAGGGGCAAAGUUGUUGUUGAUGAUGAUGAUGAUGAUGAUUAUGGUGGGCUUUUAAAUGCCAAUUCAGGGACUGAUAUCCGUCCCUUAGAGAAGUAUUUGAGAACAACUGGGUAUCUUCAAGAAAAGGAUUUGGACCAACUUUGCAAGAAAUCUCACAUGACCUACCAACAGGUACGGGACUGGUUUCUUUGCCAACAACAGGGAAUGGCUGAGGUGGAGGUUGAUAUUAGCGAUGGAGAUGAGUGAAACCAUGCAGGACUGGAAUCUACAGAAAUCAAGAUGUGAUUUUUACAAGUUGAUCAAAUGAAAAUGGGACAGCUUUCCUGUGUAUAUUUGUAUUAUUUGCCACAAACGCGGUUUUGAAUAAUCUAGUCUACAAAGAUUAACGAAAAGAAAGGGUAGACUAAUUUUAUUUUUUCCCUGGAUAUAUAUUAGGUUUGCCUCCUUUUUAAAGAAAAAAUUGUGUUUCGUUUGUUUUUUAUUAAAUCUAUUAAUAGAUAAUUUAAUACAGAAGGUAAUGUACGUAGUAAUAAUUGGGAAGAAAAGCAAAGUGGGCAAAGAGUCUGAAACUGAAGGUUUCUGAGGGAGGGUUUUUAUUUAUUUUUUUUGUCUGUUUUCAUCUUCAAUUUAAAGUAAUGUUUUGCAGGGUUAAAACUUUCCUCAGUUUAUUUGUUAAAUGCUGUAGGUAUAGUGUAAACGUAGUACUUAAAGUGACAGCUGUCCAACAAGACAGGGUCAGAAAUGAUCUGAUGCAGACUAGGUAGUAGUGGCUUACAAAAUAAGGUGAACAUUUGCAUGUUUUCUCAGUUACAUGUCUAAUCUUAAAGUCAUUUAAGGUUGAUGUCAGUGUUACAUUGCAGUAAUCUGACUUACAGCUGCUACCUUGAUCUUCAGAGGGUCAUUUCAGCCUGGAAUAUGCUGGCAAAUGUAGGUGCGAUCACUCUUAAAAUUGAGCUGGUUUGCUUAGUAAUAAGAAUGGCACAUUGUUGAGAUUGGAGAGAAUAACAACCAGCUGUCUGUCUUAAAAUGGACAGAAACCUGCAUUGUAUCCCAUAAUGUACAAACCUUUCCAUUUUAUACAUAGUGUAUAUAGAAAUAUCUUGGAUAUUGUCAACUUUCCACCACAAAUUUUAAUGGAAAAAAAUUACAUAUUGAGGGCAGCAGUGCUUAUUUAGAGUGGAAUUGCAUAAGUUGUAUGAUCCUCAUACACACUCAAAUGUGGAAAAGUAAUUCUAAUCAGCAUACCUUCUAAAUCUAAUGUGCCAGGCUCUACAGAGAACAAAAUACAAUUUUAGAAAAUUUGUCCUAUUCACACAGAUGAUCCCUGUACUUCACCAAACGUUUUCUAAUGCAGUAGACAGAUGUUUUCAAAGUAGAAUGAAGGGAGUGUGUGCUCUUUGCAGUUGGUUCAAUAUUACUAGUUUUAGGUAUGCUCUUUUUUAUUUCUUGUAUAUUUAAUUCUAGGCAAAAAAAAAAAAAUAGAAAAUAGAGAAAGUGUACACCAAUAUUCAUUAUAAUCUUUCCUCAGGUUGAAAUAGAUAUUAAAAUACAUGCUGGUUUGGAAUGAAUAUUGGUUUACCUACAUUUUAUUUGUAAUAUAUUUGAAUUUUAUAAUAAUAUAAAGGGUUGGUAUUGCUCAGAUUGAUUAACCCACUUUGCCCAGUUUUCAGCAAAUCCUGGGUGUGUUUUAUUUUUUUAAACAUUUUAUGUAGUUCUAGUUCUGCUUUGCAAAUUAAAACAUUACACCUUUUGCUAACUAAACAUUUCAAGUUCUUUCUGUUUAUUGCAAAAUAUUUAAAAAAAAGAAAAAUGGAAACUUGGCAUUGUUUAUUCUGAGUAAAAUCAGAAGCAACCAGAAACACAUUUCCCUAUUCAUGGUUUUAAGAGCACAGAACUCGGGUUUACUGAUACCCACGUUUGGAGUCCCCCUUAGGAUACAAGGUUAUACAGAACCCUGUUAACAAUUUAAAGUAAGCAAAAUUAAUUUUUAUUUUUUUUCCUAGAGCAGAGUUAGUCACAGGGCUGUUUAGUGUAUUAUGCCUUUUUGAUUUUUAGUAAUACCCUGAUCCAUGUUCUUGAUAUACAUUUUUUCCAUUAUAAUCAGAACCUUGAAAGUAAAAUUUAUGCUGUUGUACUUCUGGAGAACGGUUUUACUAAAUCUCUUAUAGGUCACCUUAGAUUGCUUGCUGGGAGCAAUUAUUAAUUCACAGUUUUGUUCAAUUAAGGAGAGAGUUGUCUUCUAUCAACAGUUUUACAGUAGUACUCGGUGAUUUAGUAAGAUUACUAAAAGUAUUGUUCUUAACAAAGAACAAUAACAUUUCAUAACACAUUUCUAGGAAUGAUAAAUGAAAUCUUUUGAAAUGUUAUUCGGAGUACCUGAUCUAUAUUAAGACUAGAUUCUUCAGACUGUUUUAAGAACUCAUUCUUAAAUCUGUGUUUAAUGAAAUGGAUUCUGUGCUUGUAAUAGGUGAUCUUAUUUAUGACCUAUCUGUCCUAGAGCUUUUCCAUUUUCUGACACCUAUAAUGAUGAAUUGUUUGUGUUAAAAGCUUGAUGCUGCUUUUUGCCUCCUGCUCCAACUCCGCCACUCUGACUUCAUCCUCUGUUACACAUUUUCAUGGCCCCUUAUGUGAUGUUAGGUUUAAAGAUUUCACAGUUUAAUUAUAGUUAUUAAAUUAUAUAUUUAAUACUGCAAACAAAACUGAGGUAAUUAAAGCAGAUACAUUUUUUCAGAGCAAUUGUGUUUCAUCAUUGAAAACUAUCUGUUUUAGAAAAAUACUAAUUUCUUAUGAUGAUGAUUAAGACACAUUUGUUAACAUUUUCAGGAUACCCAAAUCUUCCAAAACAAUUUUAAGAAUCUGAUUUACCAUACUGGCACACUGAUGUACAUUAUUGUUAUAAUGCAUGCCUACAGUUAAAUCAAAUCUACCCCAGGCUCCCAUUAAUAACUGUAAAUUUGUCAUGUUACCCCUUGACUUUAUAUAAAUGAGGUUUGGGGUGGUGGUUAAAAUUAACAAUGCCUACUGCAUCCGGAAUACGCAGUUUCUUUUAUGAAUGGAAGAAAGAGUGCCGCUCUCAAAAUGGACUUUGUGAACCUCAAUGAUCUGUGGAGCAGCUAUACCACACUGCUGACUGAAAUGAAUUUUACAAGCAUUUUAUCUGUUUUGUCACCUUGCAUAUAGGAUUAGCUCAAGGUGUUUUAUAUUUUAACCUUUACAUAUUUUUCUACUCUAAAAAGUGGCACUUCCUUUAAUCUCUGUUCAGUGUUCAAAAUGAUUUUGGCUAAUUGUUUGUUGAUAUACUGAUAGUGCACAAUAUUUUACUUGUAUUUUUUUAUAAAAAAAAAUAAACUGAAAAAGCUGUAGCUGACACCAAA